AAAAGAGAAGCGCGCCAAGUUCGUGAAGCCAUCAGUCGGUUCAAUGCACUUCCUUUUCGGCAGCCGCCAUGACUGCAACUACAAUCAUGAACCCUAAUCUCUCCCCUCCCUCCUCAUCUUCAUUUCCCGAUUUCUUGUUUUCCCAAUUCGCCUUUCAAGGUUGUUCCUCUUCCAGAUUUCGCUUUCCUCCUUCCAAAUGCCCCUCCGAGUCGAAUCGUCAAAACCCCACGCCGGAGGAUUUUACCCAAAAGAGGACCACUCUCAUGGCGCAAAACUCUCCGAUUUCGACUCUUGAGGUUCUCCAAACCUCUGAAUCGAAUCAUCAGAAGACAGCCGCAGGGCAAGAGAUUCCGAUUUUGUGUAUUGAGGACCUUCAGGAUAACCCGAAGCGUGGGAGUUCCACAUUAACCGUAGAGGAUGUUCAAGAAGUUUCACCGAAGACCCCAACUUCUGAAAGGGAAAGGGUUUUAGUGCAUGAGCCUCCUAUAUUAACUCUAGAGGAUAUUCAAAAUGCAAAAUCGGACCAUCAACCGGCGAUAGAGCCUCCAUUGGCUCGUAGGGUUUUACGGUUUUACCGGCAGUUUGGGUUUGAUGAACAAAUAGUGCAAAAAACCCCACCUUCUGUCCGAAAUUCCAUGCCAGUUCAACGAGAUGAACGUGUAGUUUCGCGUCAUUUCCAGGAAUCAAAAUCAAACCAACAAGGAGAACGAAUUGUAUCACGCUAUUUUCAACACUCGGAAAUAGAACGAGCAGCCCAUAAUGAGGAUGAGGAUGAGGAUGAGGAUGUCAAUGUCACAGAUCAACCAAUUAAAAGAUCAAGGGUCGGACAAUACAGAAAAAGGAGGAGGAAAGACGUAGCUUCUAGCUCCGAUAAUUCAAAAGCAUAUCAACGUUCAAUCAGAAAAUCCUCACGUUUUGUUAAAGAAUCGGGAACGGAUAAACGAGUGCGAUUUGUUUCCCGCUAUUUUCAAAAUUCAGAAAAGAAUCCUGAAGUGGAGAUUGAAGUUUCACCUCCAUUACAAAAUUCAAAAACAAAACAACAAGGAGAGCGCAUAGUCUCACGUUUCUUUCAAAAAUCAGAAGAACAAGAAGUAGUGAACAAUCAACAAGAGGUUAUACAGCUUCCAAGUCAGUGUGCAAAAUCUGUUAAAAGAAUCCGUAAACCAGCCAAGGAAAGAAAAGUGAGGGAUAAAGUUUCUGCUAGGCCUAGAACCACUCUUUCGGCUGACGAGUUGUUUCUGGAAGCUUAUAGAAGAAAAUCGUCAGAUGAUACAUGGAAACCUCCUCCCUCUGGAAUUCGCCUUCUCCAACAGGAUCAUGCUUACGACCCUUGGAGGGUUCUUGUCAUAUGUAUGCUCCUUAACCGGACGACUGGGCAGCAGGCAAAAGAAGUGAUACCUAAACUCUUCACUUUGUGUCCCGAUCCAAAGUCUGCUUUGGAGGUAUCGCAAGAGCAGAUAGAAGAUAUUAUUCGACCUCUUGGUUUACAAAGAAAAAGAUCACUUACAAUUCAGCGUUUAUCUGAGAUGUAUUUAAAAGAAAGUUGGAGUCAUGUCACUCAGCUUCCUGGUGUUGGGAAGUAUGGAGCUGAUGCACAUGCAAUAUUUUGCACUGGAUAUUGGACCGAAGUAUUGCCUAAAGAUCACAUGCUUAAUUAUUACUGGGAGUUUCUCCACAGCAUAAAGCACCUGCUCUGAUCUUAUCUGAGGCAACUGUAGAUGGUUCGACACGAGAGAAGCUGUAAAUUUCCCGGUCUACUUAACAUAUAUUUUUUGGUACGUUACUCUUUUGACAUAAUUUUGUUUUGUUAAUGUUUAUGUUGUUGUUGGGAGUCUGUGAGACCCUUAUAUCAACACAUACUAGAAAGGGGAGAAAUGGAAGCUCUCCUCCAAAAGCUAAUUAGGCUGUAAGCUUGUAUUGAGUGAAGUAGCGUGAGGGUCAUGUUAUGUUUUGAAAGGUCUGGUAGCUUUAUUAUGGGCUGUGCCUUCGCUUUUGACUUUUGAAUAUCAGUUUAGA